GGUAGAUGGUUGUCUCACGAUCAUUGCAUGAGCAGCCGGGGUGAGAGAGAUCGAAUCUACCGGGACACUGCCGGUAACGAACGAUGGGAACAUGACGUGUGAAUCGGAGAGAAGAAUAGAGCAGAGAAGAAUCGAGCGACCGCGGGAGAGAGCAGAGAGAAGAGUCGAGCGGUCGAGGGAGAGCGCGAGAGAGGGCGGGGAGGUUGAAAAUAGCCGAGCGGAACAUAACGCGUGAAUCGGAGAGAAGAACCAGGCGAACGCGGGGGAGCGAGAGAGAGGACGAGGGGGUUGAAAUCAGCCGAGACUGACUGAGUCGACGUCAGUCUCAGGCAAUAGAGAACCAACUACAGAGUUGCUGACUUUGACGUCAUUUCCAGUGAGUAGUAGAAAACAGUCGAGUUCGCGACAGUAUGUAAACGCACACUCUAUCGCAGAGUUGUGAGAUGCACGUGUCAGUAGAGAAGCUGCGCAGAGGAACCUAAGGGAGUUACUCCGGAGAGUGUGUCGUGGAUGUGGCGGCUGCUCUCGUUGAUGGACGCUACCUGGAGUAAGUGUGGGCGGCCGGACUCUAGAUCGUGCCGCGGUUGCGAGAGGGGGAUGUCGGGCUAGACUACUGGCAGGAGCAGGAGACUGCGUCUACGGUCAUUUGCCGAGGAAGAGGUGGCGAAGAAAUCGUAAGCACUUGGGAGAGAUUCUUUGUUGCGUUUUGUGAUCCGGGGCCAGCUUUAAGUGGAGUCGACGAACCAUUUUCAGGCGAACCUUUAGAGUCUUGAUCAGACGAACCAUCAACAGACGACCAUCGUGCGUUUGAGUAUUGUGUUGGCUAUAGCUCGGUGUUUUUCCGCGAAGAGGGGCGAGGCAGUUUCAUAGGAUUCGGCUAUGGAGACCCAACAACUGAACCGCGUCAACGAUCCGCAAACAGCUGCAGGUUCUUUGAUACGUGCCAUGGAUGCUUUCGACGAGGACCAUGAGCGGGCGGUAGAUGAUCUCUUGCGAGUCGUUGGAUACGGAUCCUGGCAAGACCGACGGAGCACGGUUCGGCAGGCGGAGGCGAUGGGGCGGGAUGCCAUCCAGUGGGUGAAGGACAAGACAUCCGGUGCUUUCCAGGGGGGAUUGCUGGCUCUCAUCGAACCGGCGCCUCUCCGUGACGCGAGGUGGGUACGGGACGCUGUGAGCGGGUUCAUGAAGAAGAAAGACGUGGUGAGAGAGAUCGUGUGCACUCGGACUCCUAGCCAGCUGACUGCCAUAUCUGAAUCUUAUAUAGACGUGUAUCAAGCGGAUAUGCUGCAAGAUAUAUUGGGGUGUUUUUCCGGAAAGGAGAGGAAGCUGUUUGAAAACCUGCUGUCGUUUGACCGAAGGGGAGUGGGAGAGGCGGGCACGCCUCGCAUCGUGGACAAGGAGCUAGCGCGCGCCCUGGCGAAGAAGCUGCACGACGCGGGGCCUGCCUCGUGGUUCAACGAUGAAGGGGUUUAUAUUGACAUAUUGACGACGGAGAGUGUGGAUAUGGUGAGAGCAGUGUUCAGAGAGUACGAGGGUAUGUACGGUCGGAGUUUGUUUGAUGUCAUAGAGAAGGAAUUUCGAGGCGACUUCCAGAAGGAUAUGUAUCUCCUGGGCCUGGCGCUGAACAACCCGCCCAGGGUUUUUGCUGACGUCAUUCGUGCAGCUGUCAAGGGAUUGGGAACUGACGAGGAUGCUCUCACUAGAGCCGUCAUUGCGAGGAAGGACAUAGAUCUUCGCGAAAUCCGCUCUGUCUACGACGCGGCGUACGGAAAUAUGCUGGAUGCUAUACGGGCGGACACGAGCGGAGAUUUCCGGAAGCUUCUGGAGACUGUGAUUCUCAGCGUCGGAGAGUGAUACACUUUGCUCUCUCGCCUGUGGCCAUGUGUGCCUGGUACUCGUUUGUCGUUUGACUUUGAUUGUGUCGUUGUGUGGUUGGCUUAAUUGGAUGGCUGAUUGAUUGAUCGGGAUUGAUUGAUUGAUUGAUUGAUUGAUUGAUUGAUCGGCUGGUUGAUGAGUUGGAGGGUGUAUACAGUGUUUUAAGUGUUGAUAAUGUAACUGUACUUGUGCUGAUCGGUGGUUGUCUUGUUGAUUGGUUGGUCUUUCGGUCGGUCGUCAGCGGUGAUUGGAGGAAAAGACCUGAGGGGUGAAGAGGAGGACAACUAAGGAGAAGGAUUGCCUUUUGACCGAGUGAUUGUUUUUGUUGAUUGGUAGAUCGGUUGGGCGAUUAACUGAAGUACCAUUCAGUCGGCAGCAUGGAUGGGAGGAAAAGACGUCGUACGCUGACGGGGAGGACAAACUAAGGAGACGGAAGUUGUGUUGGCCCAAGAUAGGGAAAGGAGGUUCAUUCUGGCCAGUCGGUGAUAUGAUAUGAUUUCUCGACUUCUGGGCGAGCGAGGAGGAACGAGUUCUUCGACCAUGUGACUGCGUUUCUUUCCUUCCCCGCCUUCUGCUGUUACGAAAUCGCACCAUCGUGACCGGUGUUACGCCGAAAGUCCGGUUUUAUUUCAAGGACUCUGGUACUGAUAGAGUCCCAGACCCACUUGCACAGCGUCGCUUUGGGAGGGAGGGGGCGACAAAUCUGAUUUUCCCUUGCAUGAAAGUGUACAGGUAGGGUUUGGAGUCUGUGAUUGAUGGUGUCGAUAGCUGAAGCGGAGAGGUUGUGGUGAGGUUGGCUGGGUAGGUGUACAAUACGUACACCAUUAAGUAAAAGGUAGUUACACGGUCGCCCUCUGUAUAGCUGUUGCAGUAAACGGUCAGUGCGAUCACCUUUAAAUUUGUAACUGUCCUGGACACGAAUUUUCAGUUGGUCCGUUGCAUAUGACGACAUGAUGGCCACAGGUUCAAAGGCAUUGGCUGCGUUGUCGAGGUGAAGAGAGAAAAAUCUCACAAGUCUCGCUCUUCGAGAAGUGAUCAGGGCCUGCCAGGAUCUGAGGACAGUCAUGUCGUUUUUGUCAGCUCUCCCAAUCUGUUGGGAGGCGGAGGAGACACUCUGUGACACGUGAUCUGUGGUUUUGCUACUUCAUUCUGUCGUAGGCUUGGAUGCUUUGUCUUCCGAUGAUGUUGUCGAUGUUCAAUGUGUGGAAGUGAGCGAUAAAAACUGAAUAAAUGAAACAACUGGUUUUAUUUCUGGUCUCGACAGCCAGAUGCAAGGAGAUGGAAAGGGGUGGAUGGAGAGUAGUGUAAAUUGGGGACCGCGCAUGUGAGGGAAGGAUAAAGUUGCUGAAAAGAAUGUGAAUGGGUAGGAGGUUGGCAGGACAGCCUGCAUAUGGAUAUGAUUGGUGGAAAGGAUGUCGAUGAUAGGGAGGUAGGAGAGGAGUGUACGGGGAGGCGCGAGCAGCUGCUUGAAUGAAUGACGAUGGUGCAAUGCAGAUGAUGCCGUGCCACGUGCAAAUGGUGAGAACUGAUGUGAGCUGCGGCAACGUCUGUCGAUGGUGCAUUGCAUAUGUGCAAACGGGUUGGGCUGGUUUGUACACGACCGAUAUGUACACAAGUCAGACGGUAGGUUUGAACACGAGUGACGAUUGCUGGUGGGGUGGGGUGGGGGGGAGGGGGAGGAAGAGGUACCAACGCCCUGUGCCUGGUGCAUAUUUCGGGACCUUGAUAUCUGUUCAGGUGUGUAAAAUGGUACGCACCAGGUGUAGGCCUGUUUAAAAACUUCAGGGCCGUGCAGGAUGUCAUAGUUUGUACUAUGGUAGACCCGAGUUGUAAGUGCUAUGUCAUAGUUUGUACUAGGUAGACCCGAGUGUAAGUCCUGUGACCUGUGCACCAGGUGGGGGAUUUGUGGGCACAAUAGGUGCCAACACU